GAUGGUGACAUCAAGUCAGUUGCAUCGCCACUCUCAGCGAUUGAUGAGAGGUGGACGUUGCGUAAUAAAUAACGGUACAACUAGUUUAAUAACAAGCAUAACAAGUUGAUAAGCAGUUGUAAUCAUGUUUCUGGAAGUGAUCGUUGCUUUGGUCGUCGGUGUACUAACACUAUGGACCUAUGCCUUUUUAAAAAAUUACAUCAAGUUGAAGAAUAUUCCAGCACCGACAGUAUGGCCAAUCAUCGGAACUGCAUUGGAAUUCAAGGAUCCAGAAGAGUCCAUGUAUAUUUUCCCGAACUUGAUGAAACGUCUAAAAUCGAAAACGCUGCGAAUGCACAUGGGAUUUCGCACUGUAUUGGUAACAGCUGAUUAUACUCUAAUUGAACGUGUCCUUGGCAGUCCCACAUUAACUCACAAAACGUAUUUUCAUUUUAUUCCAUGGUUGGGACAUGGAUUAUUUACGUCAUCCGGGGAUAAAUGGCGUAAAGCAAGAAAAUUGAUAACACCGACGUUUCAUUUUAAAAUUUUGGAGCAAUUUCUGGACGUGUUUAAUUCAAAUGGUGUUAUUUUAAUCAAUAAACUCAAGAAUGAAGUUGGCAACACCAGUGUCGAAGUUCAAACGCUUAUGAGUCGAUGUACUCUAGAUAUUAUUUGUGAAACUGCAAUGGGUCUAUCUGUGAAUGCCCAAACAGAAGAAUCUUCUGAAUAUGCUAAAUGUAUUCAUGAUAUUACAUAUCUUGUCAAUGCCAGAGCUUUUACACCUUUGUAUAACAUUGAGUGGAUUUAUAAAAGAACUAAAAUGCAUAAAGAUGAACAAGCAAUACUAAAAGUUUUACACGGACAUACAGAUUCUGUAAUUAAAACACGUCGCUUGAAGUUACAAGAAGAAGCAGAUAAAAAAGAAGUUGGGAGAGUUGCAGAAAACGAAGAUGAUUUCGGACGCAAGAAAAAGGUACCAUUUUUGGAUAUGUUACUGCAAAGUACAAUUGAUGGUAGACCAUUGAAUGAUAAGGAACUACGUGACGAAGUUUCUACGUUUAUGUUUGCUGGUCAUGACACAACUUCUGUUGCGAUGAGUUUUACACUAUUUGCGAUUGCGAAUCAUCCAGAAGUGCAAAAGAAAGCAUUUGAUGAAUUAUACAAUAUUUUCGGUAGUGAUAAGGAACGAAUGUGUACAACCACUGAUCUCAAUGAAAUGAAGUAUCUUGAAAUGGUUAUUAAGGAAUCUUUAAGGAUGUAUCCUUCAGCACCGUUAUUCAGUAGGACUGUAUCCGAAAAUCUUGACUACAAUGGUACUGUUAUUCCACCUGGUAUUCCAAUUUUAUUCCUACCUUACAGUAUCCAUCACGAUCCUGACCACUUCCCUGAUCCAGAAAAAUUCGAUCCGGAACGUUUUAGUCCAGAAAACUACGACGGAAAGAAACCUUUCAGUUUUAUUCCAUUCAGCGCAGGACCAAGAAACUGUCUCGGGCAAAAAUACGCCAUGAUGGAAAUGAAAUGUCUCCUGAGUAUGAUUCUACGUCAAUUUGAGUUGAAACCUGCGAGUCCCGUACAUAAACUUGAACUUCGCUCAGCGAUUAUAUUAAAGUCCUUGACCGGUAUUAAAAUACAGUUUGCGGAGAGGAAAUAUUAACUUAUUAAUUUAUUUACUUAGAUUUUAUAACACAUUUUAUAAUAAGUGUGAAAUUUGUACACAAAUAUACACUUAAUUAGUAUAUACUUGUAAAAUAUACAAAAUAAAGUUAUUUUAGUCUAAAAACAAAAAUUAAAGAAAUAUAA